UCUUGUUUGAUAACCAGCGUGCUCACCUUCCCCCCGUUUCACGUCGCGCACUCUUUGAUUCACCAAUGGGCGUUCAGCUGCUCCACCUGCGUAUCAUCUGACCAAUGAGUAAAAUAGCUGUCAUUUCCUUGUUUAUCCUUCACAUGCUGCAGCACCCAUCACAGAAUUUGAACUACUUCUCCAAACAGGAAAGAAACCUGCGCAGUGCUGCCAAUGUUGUUUGUUAUUCUUAUUUUCUUUUUUAUCCUGUCGGUGUGAACUUUGAUUUGAAAUCGGCCAUACUCUAUGAGGCAGAGCUACAGGUGAUUUCAUUGGUUGUUUGGACUGAAAAGCUAAAUAAAGCCAGCCUCCACUGCACCUACUUUUGAAAUCUCCCAGAUAAACUUUCUGCACCAGCUAGAAAGUCCUGUUUCUCCAGGAAGACCAAGAAAACAUCAGGGAGUCCUAGAGGCAAUAUGGACAGGUAAGUGCUAAUUCUUACUGUUAUGUGUAAGAAGCUCGGUCAGAACUACUCCAGCUUUACAGAGGAUUUACAAUACUUGAGUCUCUUUGUUAAAGGGAGGACAACUCUGGUCAUUCAAAAACAAUGUUAAAACACAGAAACAUUUCAAAGGAGUUAUUUUGAAAGAGUUUUGGUAUACAUGUAAAAAAAAUCAAAUGCAUGACUGCAGACCAAAAUGAUGUAUAGAAAAUUCAUGGGCAAUUAUUUCAUCCUGAAAAUGUUACUUUUGUUCAUCAAGGGGCAGCUAAACAAUAAAUUCAAUACAUAGUUAAUGAGUGGUCUUACCUGUGAUGGAGCUAAAUGAAAUAAAUAAAAAUAUUUCCACUACUCUAUGGCUGCAAUAUGACAUAAUUCUGGGGAAUGAUCAUUUCUGCAAUAAGGUUUUUGUUAAAGAAAAUAUCAAAUAAUGAUGCAGUGCUUUUUGGGUUGUUCAUAGAUGAAUGUGGUAAUGACAUUCACAGAUCGGGGGUUGUCAGCAAAACAGAACUUGAUUCUAAUGUUGCACAGGCUCAGAUUAGAUUUUUGUCCUGAUGACAAACAUAGUUUUGUGAUUCCUUUUCCUCAUUGACUUUAUUGUAGCUGCUCGUAUUUGUAAAUGUGCAUCUCCCCUGUGACUAUUUGAAAUAUAUUGUGUGCCCAAGCUAAAACUGGCAACUCAUUCACACCUCUUCUUGUUAGUCUCCAUGAAUGAUACCUGAAAAAUGAGACGUGUUAGAAGAAACAGAACUUGAAUACAAGCUGCAGGUGGAUUAAAUGUGAUAUUUAUGAAGUCAUCCUUCUCAUGGAAAGAGCAUUACCAUGAAGUUUGGUGAGAAUCAGCCUAAAGUAGAUUUGGUGGCUUGGCAGAGCUGUUAAUGACAGAUUGGUGUUGCAACAUAACCAUGGCUUAUAGUCUCAUCCUAUUGUUCUGUCACCCUCUCAGUAAACGGCUGGUGGUGGUCGUCCCAAAUGAAGUGCUGGUCCCCCCACGCAGAGUGUUCAGCAGUGAGGAUGAGGCGUGGAGAAGCUACCUGGAGAACCCACUGACUGCUGCGACAAAGGCCAUGAUGAGCAUCAAUGGAGAUGAGGACAGUGCUGCAGCUCUGGGUCUGCUGUAUGACUACUACAAGGUGUGGCAGUCAAAUAAAUGAUGAUUCAGGGAGACAAACAACAUUUGUUUCUCACACUUUUUUUUUUUUGUUCACCCUGCCAGGUUCCCAGAGAGCGGAGACGUGUCUCCUGUGGAGUAAAAUCCAUAGAUGCCUCUACCACUGGACCUGAUAACUGUGGCAGCUUCGAAACUCUACCACACCAUCCUCAGGCUCUCGCAUCAAUGCCUGUCAACCUCUCCCGAAACAGCAGCACCUCUACAGACUAUCAGGACUCAAAGUAUGACACAGGAGGAGGAGGAGAUGGGAAAGGAGAGGGUGGAUCAGCUCUGGCCCUGAUUAAGUCAGAAGACCAGACUGCCAUGAGAGUGUCCUGUUCUGGAGGUUCCUACAGAGAAGAACCCAGUGAGCCAAUGAGGGUGCUUUAUGAACAGAGCUGCCAUGAUUUGGCCCUCACGGGGCACUUGAAGGAUGAACAGAGGAGCACUCCAGACAGCCUGUAUGAGGAAGGAGAGGUAUGUGUCGAGCUCCAGUUAUAAUAAUAGCAACAUUUGUUAUUAUUUCAAAUCAUAUUUUGUCAUUUUCAACAGAUGUUCAACAUGAGUCCCUCCUCAGGAGCGGAAGAAUUCCAACGAGGCCGACCAUGGUAAGUAAAAAUGUACCAAUAAGGGAGUGAAACGGGCUGUUAACAUGUCUCCAUGUUGCAUGAAAGACCUCUAAAUCUGGACAUGUUUAGAUAUGAUGAAGUCUGGACUAGAUAAUGUCUCACCACAGCAUUAUAAAAUUCUUUAUAUGGAGCAUAUUUCUUCUCAAGAAUGGGGCUACUGUGAUGUGAUCAGAAAACAGCAUUAAGUUACUCUUCUGAUACGCUGUAUUUUGAGCUCGUGCAUUUCUGAUGCCAGCUCUUGAUUUUUAUGAGCCAAUGUCCAUGUAUUUCAAGACAUGGCAUAGGAGCACAUUUGGAUAUCUUAUUUCAUAUCUGUACAACAUUGACAUAUCUUGCCACUCAAUUUAAAAGGAAAUUCGGCUCAGUAUUUGCCCUCAUAUGAAGCAUACCAUCACAUCUCCAUAUAUGCUCCGAAUAUGAUCCAGAUUCUUGCAAGAAAAAAAAACAAAAAUCUACAGAAUAGAGGGGCUAAAUGUCUAAAUUAAAGACCACAAUAAUUAAAACAUAACUGACAUACAAAUGAAGAUUUUCUCUGUUGUAUAGAUGAUAAAUGAAUAACUAUGGCUGCCACUGACAUGGCUGUAUUAAAUUGAAUUUCACUGACAAAGUCAAGACAUGGACUAAAUGUUUAGACAAGAUUAAACCAGGAAAUUGGUUCCUGUCGUAAGAUUUAAAACCAUUCACUUAAGGAGGGUUGGAGUACUACCGAAUACAGUUUUUUCUUUCUCCUCCUCUGUGGGGAUCAUUUCAAACUUCUUUCUUCACGAUGUCUCAGAAUUCUUCUGCUCACAUCAUUUAGGCUUCAAAGCACUCUGAUUAUGUUUUUGUAAAUUAUAUGUUUAAAAUAACUCUUAGAACAGCUUUGAUUUGAACUACAGUUUAAGAAUGACUGUAGAGAAAUUCCAUCACAGUGAUUGGUCAUUCAGACAUGAUUCCUCCUGUUCUUAUUCUUGGUUAAUGCUCCUUGGUUUAUAUUUUACAGGUUUGAGGAACUUUUGAAAAUACUCAAAGCAAUAAUAUCACAAUAUUCUCACGUAAUUAGUCUCUGUUUGACACAUGAGACCUGCAUAAAACAUGUAUUUUGUUACAGUGGCAGUUUCAAGUAUUGUCUGGAGGCCAGCAUGUCAGUACGACCGCGGCAGGGAGAUGGACCUAUGGCCUAUCUGAACAGGGGCCAGUUUUAUGCUUUGACACUGUCCAAGACUUCUUGCAUGUUGUCCUCACAUCAGCCCAGAGCUGCAGGGCUGGAGGCUGGGCUGAUGCCAUCACACGGGUUUGAUGGCAGUCAAUCCAGUCGUGAGCCAUGCACCAUGGGAGGCACUGAGCUGAAGCAGGACAGUAUUGUACAGGUGAGAGAGGGGGAGAUAAGAAAUGUGGAGAAAACGCAAAAGGUAAAGGGUGCAGCUUUUGCCUUACACUAAUAUAGAUGGAAACCUUGUUAUUUUUUAUUCAUGCAAUAUUUGCUUUUUGGCAUUGUCCAUGUAGCUUUUGGCAUCAUUGUACAGUAAAAAAAAUAAUUUUCUAAUGUUCUUCCUUUAGAGUGUUAUAAUGGUUGUCUUUGGAGAAGACAAAUGCAGAGACGAGCAGCUAAAUAACUGGAAAUACUGGCACUCACGGCAGCACACUGCAAAGCAGAGAGUCCUGGAUAUUGGUAUGAUGAUCCUUGUUAUCCUCCUUACCAACAGGCAUGCCUUAAACAUCCAUGUCACAAUAAGGUUUAUAAGUUGAGCAGGCAGGAAAAGGUCUAAAAUAAACAGAGGGUGUUAUAAAACCUUUAAGACUAUGGAGUAAAACAACAAUGAGCAAGAGGCAAACCAGGAAAAGCCUCCAGGACAAACCAACAACAUACUCCGUGCUGAAACCCAGCAGAAUUUGAAUAACUGUCAAUCCUCAGUUCCAGCUGAGUACAGAGAGACAGCCAAUGGGUGUGCAUUUGCAUGAUCGUUGACAGGAGGACUAGGUGGGGGCCUGGACCGAGGCCAUAUACUGAAAGAACAGCUAGAGGCAGGCCUCAGCCUGUGGGGGAAAAAAAUCUCACUGGAAUGAAGCAAAGAUAUUCAACCUCUGAUGGUUUGGUCCACGGCAAGUUUGUGCCAGUACAAAGUGUGUGUGUGUGUGUGUGUGUGUGUGUGUGUGUGUGUGUGUGUGUGUGUGUGUGUGUGUGUGUGUGUGUGUGUGUGUGUGUGUGUGUGUGUGGUGGGGGUAUCUUAAAUGAUUUAUAGGUGACCUCAUGGUAUUUGUCAGUCAUCUGGAGCAUAUUCAGGGGUAAAAUUCUCAGCUUUGUUUCCUUGGAAAUGUUAUGAUUAAGCUCUGAAUGGGAAGAGUUGUGUAAUUCACACAAGCAGAUAUGAAUGAAAAAAUAUGAAUAAAAUACACAAGUGUCUGUAACUAAACCACAGAAACAGGUUUUUGAACAUUGAAGCUCCUUUAACUAGUGAAAUUCUGAUGUUUUUCAAACAAUGUCAGGACAGGAAAGUUGAUAUUUUUCAGAAUUUCCUGUAAAGCAUUUUUCAGUGAAGGAACAGUAAAGACCACAAAGUGUUGUAACAUGUAGGAGCAACUUGAAAAUAUUGAAUGUCCACAAAAGUUCAUGUUUUUCCCAUAACUCAAGAAAGUCCUUUUCCGGGUCAUUCUGAUUUAUUUGAUUUGCACCUGGGGGAGACAGUUACCCUGACAGUGAAUGUUUCCUGCUGUGUUCACACAUCAUCUCUCUGUCACUGUGCACUGACUCUUCCAUCUGAGCUGGCUGGAACAUUUCUGUGCUGAGUAAAUUUAUAACUUUGCCAUCUAGCAUCAGCUGAUACUCUCUUCUCAUCUUCUUGACUCCUCAGCUGAUUACAAAGAGACCUUCAGCAUUGUUGGGAAUGUGGAGGAAAUCGCUUACAAUGCUGUCUCCUUUACAUGGGAUGCAAGUGAAGAAGCCAAGGUAAAUAAACAGGGAAAAAUGGUUAAAUUGUUCUGUUCGAGUCCAAACCAGAAACGAUUGUACCACAUAGAAGGCUGCUUAAAGAAAGAGUAAAAGUCUUUUUCUGUUUACCUUCAGUUUCAAACCUUCCUCCUAAUUUGGUUUUGUCAUGCUUUGUUUGGUGGUUGAAAACAUGCUCCCACUUGUGUGAGGCAUUGCUCAAUGAAACCUCAAGUUUCCAUCUUGAGUACUGUUGCAGCUCGAGAGUGAUGUCAGUGGACUGUAGCUGCUGAAGCAUGUGCCAAUCCACUCUAUCCACCCUGCACUCCUUUGUUCACCAUGACUUGAUUUGUGUUGAGACAUGAGAGAUCCAAGAUAGGCUUUGAUGCAUAGAGCUAUUUCACAUCAGGUAGAAGUGGUAAGACACCCAGUCCAAUUAAGAACACUCGCACCAAAACCCUCAGCAAAAACUCACCCUCAGAGUCUUUUGGGCUUCUGGAGAGUCUUCCUCAGGCUUCCACUAGUCUAUCAUUGAACGAGACCUGCAAACACUCUUAUGAAUAAAGGAGGGAGUGCAGCUUUGUAGGUUUGUGGAUGAACAUCUGUGGUUUGAUUUGAAGAUACAGUAUGGAGAAACAAUAGCAUUUAGUGGUAUCCAGCUGUCGGUCAUUUGAACGCUCCCGUGGUCAUCCCUCUCAUCAGUAAAGGGAUGGUGGCUUUUAAGGACAAGAAGCCCCUGCAAUAUAUAACGAAUUUGAUCCUUCAUUUGUCAAGUUCUUACCUCCAAAAUGGCCUUAAAUCAAAAUUGUUUUCACCACAACAAUAUGGAUUAUGCACAGCUACACACCAGUACUAAUUAUAUGUUACCAGUUUGCCCAAUUUGCAGAUGUGUCCCAGUCCAGAGGCUGCAGCCUCCCAAGGACUUGCCUGCUUGUACAGUCAGUCUGAACUGAAUUUAGGAGUCUACCCUUUGGAUGAUUUUGUGCUUGCGUCACCACCCUGAUGCUGGCAUCAUACAGGGCUGCUCUUAUUGCUUAGCAACAGGUGGUUGGCUUACCAGACAGCAAAGCAACGGUCAUGUAACUUAAACCCCAUCAGCAACAGUGCAAAGAUCAUGUUAAAUUUCACUGUACCAGCCUUCUACAACAUUUUUGCAGCUUCCUAGUACUUUUACUUCACAGUGUGUCACUCCUCUGUCUGGAUUGUAUUAGCACACAGAGAAUCACACUUAGAGAAACAAUGCACCUGAUGCAGCUCUCAUAUCUCAGGAAAAGUAGGAUACAUUUUUGAGCUGCAUUUGAAAUGGGACAGCCUUCGCCACACUGCUGUGAUGGAUCUGAUCUUCAGAUGUGGCCCUCGAAGGCUGCAGCCCCUUGCAGCUUGUGUUGUGGUAGCUACUUGGCAGCUCAAUAUGGCAGCCUCUGAGGAAGAGGACCCCUCCUUAGCAGAUGUAGAGGCUCCUUCUUAGUGUUUCUCAUAGCCAGAUGAUAAAACACUAAUUUAAACAGACCUUCAAAUAUUACAGCUGCUAUAGCUCCACUCUCCAACCUUAAUUCUACAUUUUACAGUGUAACGAUACAGCAUCGCCCUGCAUUUACUCUGUUUAAUGUUGUUUUGUUUACUCAUUAGAUACCUAAAGAGAAUAUCAGUGGUCAACUAAACUAACCAAACUGGUUUUUAUGAUAAUCACAGGAACAUCAGAUUGUUAGUCGUUGUGAUGAUUAAGCUACUGUACAGCAGUCAGUAUACAUCUCUAUAUCAAUGCAGCCCCUCAGAGCCUUUAGUGUGGCUCUAGACUGUUAUGAUGAUCAGUGUGGUGAGAGGUGAGGUUAACCUCUCAGUCCACAUACUGAUCCUGUUUGCUGUGAUCAUAAUGAGGGAACACAUACAGUAUGUCUAAUUCUGACAGAAAGACAAGUGUUUUCAAGAGGGAGAGCAAACUCUAAUGAUCCACUGUGACCUUUAAAUCAGCCAAAAACUAGUAAGAAGGCACAAAAGGCUGAAACAGAGAGCUCUCCUACUCUCCUGUAAAUGUUACAUCACCCUCCACUAAGCAACAAGCCACCAUGCAUCACCUGCAGACUUUUUGACCUCUUCUUUCUAGGAAUUUUCUCCCUUUGUCACCUCAGUCUUUUUUUUUUAAAUGUAGAUUUCCCAGUAGAGGACAUUCAUGUGCAUUUUAUAAUCCUACAACACAGCAGUGUCUAUUUUCUUUAUCAAAGUCUUCUUAUCCAUAUAAAUCCAUGUGUUUUACAAACAAAGCCAACUCUCUCCCUCAUCUUUCCUAAUCCCUGCUCCUCCAACCAUGAAUGAAAAAAACAUUUCUGAGAGCAUUGUUACAGUCAGGGGGCUGAGUCCUGGAUGGUGAGUGGAUGAGUGGAUGAACUCUGACCGUGUAGGUUAUUAUGAGUGGAUCUGCUGUGGGAUCAUGUGGCACCAUGACUGUGCAGCUGCCCUCACCAGCCUGCAGACAAAGCGCCUGUUGGCAGUAAUGUGGAUCGACUUGAGUGGAACAUUUCUGUGAGAAUGUGUGAGCUCAUAUUUCACUGCAGUUUCCUUCUUCUCAACAAAACCCAGAAACUGUGUUAUUGAAGCAGGAUUGUGACACCUAGUCAGGAUCUGAAGGACUGUUAGACAAACCGGUAUUUUUAGCACCAAUAAUCAGUUCUGUGUUUUAGUAGUAGUGGUUGUUGUUGUGGCAUGGUUCUGCUGUUGCCAGGCAACAGCCAUCAUCCUCGGUGUAAUGAGGGGUAUGUGUAGAUGAGCUGCUUCCUGCGGCAUUACUCUGUUUUUGUGUUUCUGACAGUGGAGUGGAUGGUACUGAGAAGACACUUAUCACUGACCCCUGAACCUUUCUCUUCAGAGGACAAUCUGUGAAUGCUUAGAAAUGUGGGCUACACAACACAGCAAGCCUCCUACACACACACACACACACCCACACACACACACACACACAAACACAUGUGAGCGGCAGUGAGACCAGUGAUAGAGGAGGAAUCGAAAUGGCCGAGGUGUCUGUGGAGGUGUGAGUUUGUAGAGGUGUGUGGGAGGCUCAUGUGUGCUCCAGGCUAUCCAGCAAUCAGCUCUCACCUCUACAGGUUCAGACAUGAUGCUGUGAACGCUGCGUAGUGGGAAAAUAUCUGUGGAGCAGUGGUGAGGAGUCUUUACCGUUAGUUGUCACUGUUGACCUGUUGCUCAGGCUGUUCAUCCUGUUUAACUGGAAACUUCUUCAGACGUCUCUGUUUGUGUGAGUGCUUUGGUGUCGUCCUUAGUCAUGGGAGUCUUUUCCACUAUGUAAACACGUGCUUGUGUGGCUACAGUCACACUUUGUUUUAAACGCUUUGUGGAUUAUUCUGUGAUUUGUGUGAGGUGGUGUAACCUCUCACAAGCUGAGCUGCAUUUUUGGGGGAUUUUGGAGCAAAGCUUUGAACUUCUCUGAGCGUUUUCAUAGAGAAUUGUGCAGUGAUAAUAACAUAAAGAUAAUAAACCGUUGCUUAUAUUCGGACAGUUAAACCCUCUGUCCUCUGAAUCAACAUCAAUCUUUUUGUUCAAUGCUGGGAGCCUGUUUUUCAGCCUAUAGAUCGUCUGACGUAAGGAGCGUUGAGAAGUGAUGGGACAUAUUUGCAUUUCUGAGUGUUACUUCUGGCCUGUGAACUGUGCCUGCUGAAGUGACUCAUGAUCCCAUGACCCACUUACUAUGACUAUGAAAGGAAACAGGCUGUGACCGAGGUGAUUAAGAUAGAAGGAAAGACUCUGCUAUCUGUGAUAUCAGCUUAAACUUACCUCAGUGUUUGACAUGGGACUACAAUGACCUAUAUCAUAAUCAUCUCUCUCUCUUUUGUGCGAUUCUCUUUUUUUUUAGGUCUUCAUCUCUGUGAACUGUCUCAGCACAGACUUCUCCGCACAGAAAGGGGUGAAAGGGAUGCCCCUGAUCAUCCAGAUAGACACCUACAGCUACAACAGCUGCAGCAGGAAGCCCAUCCACAGGGCCGUCACUCAGAUUAAAGUCUUCUGUGACAAGGUGACCACAGUUUGAUGGCAGGGCUGUCUUGGAGAAGUCUGGAGGGAUAAGAUGGACUUGGGUUCAUUGUAGUCUGACUUUUCUGUCCUGUUGAACCUUUGUUCAUUUGCAGGGUGCUGAGAGAAAGCUCCGCGAUGAGGAGAAGAAGCAGCUCAGAAAGAGAAUGAAGGGUGAAAAUACUUGAAUCUUUUAAGUUUGGUAUAAAUAAACGAAUUUGAUAAGAAUGAAUGAAUGAAUUUGAAUGACUAUAAUAAUAAUCAUAAUAAAAUAAUAAUCUCCCUUUUGGGAUAAAUAAAGUUCUUGUAUUGUAUUAUUGAUAAGGGUGAAUAUAACUUUGGUGAGUUUGACUGUAGCCUACAUGGACAAAGUUCUUCAGUAUUUCUCAUUUCAAGCCCUGCUGAGUUGACCGUCUGUCUGGAUUAGGUAAACACAGCAGCCCAGGGCCCACCUCUUCAAUAAAGAUGUCUGAUCACACUCUGUUAAAAACCGUGAUGGACCUGGACUCCCAGCCUGUCCUUUUCAUUCCUGACGUUCACUUUGGAAACCUGCAGAGAGCCGGGCAGGUGAGACGUCAGGUAUUUCUGUCUCACAUGAACAACAUAUACACACACCGUUGUCUCAUCUUCAGGUUAAGCUUUAACUCCAUUCACAGGUGUUCGCCCUCAACACUGAGGAGGUCAGCAGAGACGGGUGAGUGGUUAAUCGUCCCAUUGAGUUUAAAUGACUAACAACAACAAAAAAAAAACCCUGUAUAUGAACUCAGACUAUCAGACUAAGGAGAAUUUCUGUGUGUCAGGAGUGUUAUUGUGAAAAGGGUGCCACGUCCUGCUGAGAAAAACGUGUGUCCACCUUUUUCCAAGAAGCCCAAAGUGGAACCAGAAAGGAAAGGUACUGUAUGUGGUAGCAUAGACUCUUCUGUGUCAGGUAACAGGGAUACUCUGAAGUAGUCCAUGGUUCAAAUGUCAGAUUUUGAAGCUGUGGCUUUUCACUCAAACUUGUGUGAGGUUGCAGAAGCUCUGAACCCACCUUUCUAACCUUAGAGGGAUAGUGUGGCUAUUCUGAAAUAGGGUUGUCAGGUACUUGUCCAGGAGAUCAGGGUCAGCUUGGUCUCUUCACUGAGAAACUGGCCAGAGCACCAGCUCAUAAGUUCAGCGACACACGGCUGCAGAUAAGUCCAAACUUACAACCUAAUUUAGCAAAAGAAAGUCAGCUUUCACUUGAUUUGAACUGCACCUGUAUUUUUAACAUUUCCAGAGUUUUACUCUGUCACCAGAAAGAUUUAGUGUAUAAUCACUAUCUACAGAUGCGAUGUUUACUUGUUCAUUCAAUGGUGGCUGAUCAGUAUCAAAAUCUAUAAUACAAAGAUCAUUUUCAACAGUGUAUGCUGCACAUUUUCAGGCUAACCCACUUAUUACUCCAGAGUUUAUUUCAGCUCAGCCUCCCUCUUUCACAGCUAAAACAGUGUUUUUAAUAAAACUUAGAGUAUUAUAAAGACAAAGUUCCAUCCAGCCCUUCUGCUUUUUCUAACUCAGCCUCUGAGCAUUGAAAAAGUCUGAAAUACACUAGCAGGGGGCUCUGGAUGGUGGGUGAUGCAGACUGCAGCCACAUUACAACAGCUGCUAUCCCUUCAUUUUGGAAGGUCUUAAAGUGAGUGUUGUUAUCAAGUCCCACUGGGGGGAGCAGUUCUUGGUUUACAGGUGAGGGCUCACAGUUUACGCACCUGCACCAGUAGGUAACUUUGCAUCCACAGAAGUUCCUCCCAUCUCUCUUCGGGUCACUAUCUGUGGUAGCUCUUCCUCUUUUGUCCCUUUAUUUAGGGGACAUGUAUGAGUACAUAUUGUAUCUGUGAAUAGAGCCAAAGCAAAGAGACAACAAGGUGACAAGGUGGUGGUGGACGACUCCUCAGAAGAUCUUUUGUACCCACAGCCAUCAGACUUUACAAUUCUUCAAUAAAGAGUAGAUGCUUUGAGACAUGACACAUAAGACUACAGACAAUUGAAUUUCUCUUUGAGGAUAAAUAAAGUUCUUCUCUAAAAUCAAGUAUUGAAAAAAAAUCUAAAUAAAAAACACAGUUUUUUCCCUGAGACUUUCUGAAAGCCAGCCAAAAUGCGUAAACCAAGUGGCCCAUCUCCAGUGUUGCAACUAAUCUGUACCAUUUCACAACGUACACCAGCUCACCGGUAUCUUCUGUGGGUAACAUGUGUGCCGUAAGUACCUCAAUACAGUCUUGUUUCAAAAACGGUUUCAGAAGUCCUGUUUCGAAAACACCAAACUAUUCCUUUAAGUAACUAUUCCUGUAAGUAGUUAGACAAGCUGGACAAUGCAACCGUGAUAUGACUGUGAUUAUGACAAGGUAGAGGUAGUGGGCUGAAAGUUUGUGAGUGUUUGGUUAUUUGGCCAACAGCCACAAAGUCUGGUUGUUGUUCAAGUUUCUGGAAGGACAUAAAUGAUCAAAAUGUCCAAUCUGAUGCAACUGACAAAAAUCUGAGAACUGAUUCCUUUCAUUAUUUGUUUGACUGAGUGAAUUUUUUUUAUGACUGUAACUGUUUCCUGCUUCAUCAGUUCUGCUGUAUGUGAGAAAGGAGAGCGAUGACGUGUUCGACGCUCUAAUGCUGCAUACCCCGACCCUCAGGGCAUUAAUGGAAGCAGUGAGUAUAAGAGUUUUCUCCUCUACCCCUGCAGCCUGUAAUCAUUCAGCAAACACUGACCGUAAUAAACUGAUGAAGUCAAACUCAUGCAGUUGACACAGUUUUUACUAACACUUGAUGUGAACCCACCUCUUAUAAUGCAUCAUAAGAACAUUCAUAAAUACUUAUCAAUGCAUUUAAAAGGCUUUGUUACAACACUUAUGAGUGAUCAUACGCAUUCAUAUCAGCUUAAACUAAUGUUUGUGAGCUUUAUCAAAAGCUAAUUUCAUGACUGACUCUGAGUUCAUUAAGUAAAGUGAGGUGAUUAACAAUUGUAUGACCCUAUUACACAUUUAUAGGAACGUAUGUGGCUGUAAUUAAAGAGUCAGACAGAAAAAACAACAAGAAUAAUUGUGUAUUAAAACAUAGUACAUUAUAAACCAUACUUUUAUAAGGGUUUAACACUUCAUUAACAUUACUAUCAGCUGUUAUGAAUGCAUACAACCAUCUAAAACCUUAUAGAUGCAUUUAUAAUCGUUUAUAAAUGUGCUAAUAAUGCGUUUUAAGGGGUGGGUCCAUAUGCCACAGCAUGUUGAAAAUACAUUGCGUCUUUCAGAUCUCAGAGAAAUAUGCACUGCCUGCUGACAAAAUCCACAAAGUUUACCAAAAGAGCAAAAGAGGGUGAGUGUGCCAAACCAGUGAAGUGAAGUUAUUUUGGUGCUUGGGUCAGUGCUUGCUCUUAAACCAACACUGAGUAUAUAUAAUAUAUUUUAUAUUUGAUAUUAUUGUUUAGUUGGUUAGCAUUGUUAUAUUUGCUGAUUAAUACUGUAACACAUUAAAGAUACAAAAUUCUAAAAAAAUAGUUUCAUUAGUCUGUAGAUAUUUGUUCAGAAAUCAAAGUAGAUGAAUGUUAAUCUAUAGUUUAAUAUGAUUUAAUUUAAUACAUUAAAGAAUUUAAAAAUCUCGAACUACUUCUGUUAAUCACAUGUGCCAACUUCAUGUCACCUCCAGAUUUAAAAAUAAAAUUAAAAAAAGGUCAGCCAGUGAGAGGUGCUGUACUGUAUUAAAUUCAGUCAGUUUUCAUUCACUCAAGACUGUUUCUUGGACUGUCUCUCUCUUCACCUGCUCGUCUUCUCAGGGUCCUGGUAAAUGUGGACAACAACAUCAUCCAGCACUACUCCAACGAGGACACCUUCAUCCUGACCAUCCAGAGCUCAGCAGACUCUGUGCACAUCACUCUUUCAGAAAUCUGAUGGUGUGUUUUGAUUUUUGGCCAGAACCUUGUCUGUGAAUCCUGGUGAGAGCAGUUUUCCCUUGCCAGCCUAGAAAUGAUGAAGCAGCUGUUUUCUAGAAAACACGUGGAAGUGCCCAGAUUUGAGUCUGUGGGAGAGAAAUGUUUGUUACUCUCUGGAUCAAUCGUACCAAAGAGGGGGUUUACUCGGGUCACCGGAAAGCAUCCAGCCAGUGUGUUGUGGUUAUAGAAGACCAACAGUGUACAGUUUUGUUUAGCAGGUAGUGAUGUGAACUUUGUCUUUGCCCUCCACCAUCCUUCAUAUCAUCCUCCAGAGGCUGAAGCUUCAAAAUAACUGGAUUAGGCCUUUAAAUUCUUCAAAGUUUACGCAGGUCUGUCUAGUUAAAGGUAAGGGAUUUUUGUUUUGUAAAUGUGCCAGUUUCAUACCAAGUGAAGGCGACCUUGUCUUACUGCAUACUAAAUGGUUGAUAAGGGUUGUUGCAGUCUGUGGUGUCAUGCUUGUGUGUCAGACACUGCUGGAAAACAAGGCUGCAGGUCUCCAGGAUGCCAUUAAACCGCUCUCCCUCCACAGAUUUAUAGCUUUCAUUUCCACUGAAGAGAUUAGAGUCAUUAGAGUCAUUAGACUCUGUGACGUUGGCCGGUGAAAGCCCUGCUGUUACAUCCAUGAUCCUUUUCAAAGCUAAUACAGACUGUUGGAGCUUUUUUUCCAAUCCCCUUUUUUCCUGUGCACUUCGAGUUUGACCAUCGAAUUUACUGAUAGUGUAGGACACAGUGUGUGUCCUUAUUCUACACGUGUACCAUGAUGUAAAGUCUUUUAUAUCUGCAAAUAAAUAUAGUUUUAUAUGUAACC